AUGGCUCUGUGGCCCGUGGACCGUUUCGAGCGCAUGCUGGAAGAGCCGUUCAGGCGUGUGGAUCGUUUCUGCCCGAUGAGAGAUGCGGACUGGAUGAGCCGUCAGAUUAUGCCCUACUGGAGAGAUGCCGAUCACUCUGUGCUUCAUGUGGGAAAUCAAACAAAGGAUGUCGUGAAUGACGAGAAGAAAUUCGCAGUCGCUUUGGAUGUGUCACACUUCAGGCCAGAGGAGUUGAAGGUACAAUUGGAAGGACGUGACCUUACAAUCGAAGGACAUCAGGAAGUGAAGACCGAACAUGGCUAUAUUAAGAAGAACUUCACGCAUAGAUGGGCUCUUCCGGAAGAUUGCGACCUGGAUGCUGUACACACUCAGAUUGACAACAACGGGCAUCUGUUCGUCGAGGCUCCGAAAACUGGCCAGCAUACCAAGACAAGAGUCAUUCCGAUCAUGCCUGCUCCCAAGAAGUAA